AUGGAUCGCAAGCCUAGCUCAGAAAUAAGUCAAAGGCUGAUAUCUGGUGCUACAUCUGGCUUCGCUGCUGCUGUCGCUUUACAACCUCUAGACGUCAUCAAAACGAGACUGCAACAAGUUGAAGGUCAUAAUGAAAGUAUAAAUAAGAAGAAUUUGAGUAGUUUAUUAAAAUCUACAAGAGUCUACGAUAUCACUAAGGCUAUCAUUAAAGAAGAAGGCUUACGGGGAUUGUGGAGAGGGACUAGUCCAACCUUAUGGAGAAACGUUCCAGGCGUUGCACUUUACUUUACAUCAUUACAAUCAUUGAGAAGUUACAUGAUCACUACUGGAUUAUUUUUACCAAACCACACUUCAAAUGGGAAAUCAUCAUCUGAAUUCUCGAGGUUAAACAGUCGGGGAAACCUCAUUUCAGGUGCAUUAGCGAGAACAGCUGUUGGGUUCCUAUUAAACCCUUUCACAGUUUGUAAAGCUCGCUUUGAGAGCAAUUUAUACAAAUAUAAAUCUAUCGUUGGAGCACUCACUGACAUUGUCAAACAAUCUGGUCCACGUGGUCUCUUAUCUGGUUUCUCUGCUUCGGCUUUACGUGACGCUCCUUAUGCUGGUUUAUAUGUUGUUAUUUACGAAAGCAUGAAGGAUUACGGAUCUCAAUUCAACGCAAAUGGGAAUAAUAUACCUCCUCCACUCAUAUAUAGUGUCUCGGGAUUAUUUGCUGGUACAACUUCCACAUUGAUAACACAUCCAUUUGAUGUAGUAAAAACCAAAAUGCAAAUAUUUCCAAAUCAAUAUAGAACGUUAUCGAGAUCAAUAGUGACAAUACUCAAAAAUUCACCGCGUUCGCUCUUUGCGGGCAGUGGAAUAAGGAUAACACGUAAAGCAUUAUCAUCAGCCAUUGGUUGGACUGCGUUUGAAGAGUUAGCGCGUCUAUUGAAGAAAACAAAUAAAUAA